AUGGCUUCAUCCCCUCGAGGGAUUGUUGCUAUCUCUCCUGGGGACCGCAUUGUGCAACUACUGCUAUUACCCAGCUUGCAUUCCCAGUUUCCAGCACAAAAGCAGAAAUGGGGAGGGAAGGGCUUUGGCUCUUCCGGGAACCCUACUGUUUUCUUAUCCUUGGAUCUGGAUCAGCGCCCCUUGAUUGAGUUGAAUGUUAAUGGAAAACAGAUUAUGGGACUUCUAGACACUGAGGCUGACAGUAGUAUUGUAGCCAUUAAAGAUUGGCCCUCUGACUGGCCCAUACAGCAAUCAGCUCUGACCCUUCAAGGGCUGGGCUAUGCCAAGACACCAGAUAUGAGUGCUCAGGAGUUACCCGGGAAGGAUCAGGAAGGGCAUCAGGAAUGUUUCCAACCUUAUGUUCUGGAGCUCCCAGUUAGUUUGUGGGGCAGAGAUCUUUUGAGAGAUAUGAGGCUCAGGGUGACCAAUGAGGGACAGUAUUCCAAAGCUUCACAAGAGAUGAUGAGGGCUAUGGGCUGGCAUCCCUCUCAUGAUGUUGGGAAGUACCUCCAGGGACAUAAUGCCCCUAUUACACCUGCCCCAAGGAAAACAAGACAGGGUUUGGGUUUUUCUUAG